AUGGGUAUCCAAUAUGAUGAAGACAGCAAGAUGAACCCUCAUUUGGAUAGGUUUGCUACCUAUCGACGUCGUUGGUAUAUUUUAGCAAUUUUCUCUGUUCUAUGCUUUACGCAAGGCAUGGUAUGGAAUACAUGGGGUCCGGUUGCAACAUCUGCUGAAUAUUAUUAUGGUUGGACUGAUAGCGAUGUAGCCAUGAUGGCUAAUUGGGGAACCAUUAUGUAUGUAGUAACCGUGUUUUUUUGGUCCUACUUAUUCGAUACAGUAGGUUCUAGAAUACCCAUCGUAUCCGCCGCAUUUUGCAUCGCCUUAGGGACUGGAUUAAGAAUCAUUUCCAGAGAAUCCGCGGUUGCAACCCCAUUAAUUCAUAUUGCUCAAAUAUUAAAUGGCUUUGCGGGUCCCAUAGCACUCGGUGGACCACCAAUCAUAUCUGCCUUAUGGUUUCCUCCUCGUCAACGAACCACGUCAACGGCCAUAACGACGAUUUUUAGUUACCUUGGUGUCGCAACUGCUUUCGUACUUGGACCUAAUAUGGUAUAUGAGGUCAAAAAUGCUACUGAUACCAAUAGCAGCGUACCAAAGUCAAAUCUUGUAUUCUAUUUAAACUCCACAAAUUCGGAUGAAAUUCGACAAAAAGUUGGUGAUCAAAUGUGGGACUUUUUAUUGAUAGAAUUCAUCAUCUCAGUAGUAAUCUUUUUGUGCAUGCUGAUUUACUUUCCUUCGCGGCCAAAACUGCCUCCAAGUGUAUCAGCUUCAAAGGAUCGUAUGAAUCUCAAAGAUGGAGUUAAAUCUCUUAUCAGGAACAAGAGUUUUUGGAAUUUAUUCAUAUGCUAUGGUGCUAGCACUGGGGUGUAUGCCGCGUGGGGAGCAGUUUUAAAUGUUAAUUUACAAUCUUUCAAUGUUGACCAGAUACUUGCCGGUUGGUUAGGCUUUUAUGCCAACAUUGCAGGAUGUGUAGCAGGUGUCACACUUGGAUUCUUUUCAGAUAUCUUUGCUGGAAAAAUGAAGAUAUCAUUAAUUUGUAUGAUGAUCGGAUCAACAGUUUCUUUCUUGUGGUUCACCUUAGUAUGUUUCAAAUAUGUACCAUUUUCUGAAGCUAGCCUUUACAUAACGAGUAUCUUGGGUGGAUUGUUUGUCAAUGGAGCUAUACCUUUAUAUUAUGAACUGAAUAUGGAAGUUUGUUACCCAGUACCAGAGGGGAUAACCUCAGGAGCAUUAACAAUGUCGAACAAUGCUUUCGGAAUAUUUUUCCUGCUAUUGUUUCUGAUUCCAAAUAUCGGCUCGUUAUGGACCAAUUGGUUAUUACUUGGCUGUUGUGCCGCUUGCGUGCCGCUAUUGUUGUUUUUCAAUGGUCGCUAUAACAGACUGGAAUUGGAUAUUCCCCAAGAUGUUACUACCGUCAAUGGCGUCCAUAAAGAUGAUACAAAUAAUAAGGCGUAA